AUGAAACAGACCAUGAAACAGACCAUGAGACAGACCAUGAGACAGACCAUGAGACGGACCAUGAAACAGACCAUGAAACAGACCAUGAAACAGACCAUGAGACAGACCAUGAGACAGACCAUGAAACAGACCAUGAGACAGACCAUGAGACAGACCAUGAGACAGACCAUGAGACAUACCAUGAAACAGACCAUGAAACAGACCAUGAGACAGACCAUGAAACAGACCAUGAGACAGACCAUGAGACAGACCAUGAGACAGACCAUGAGACAGACCAUGAAACAGACCAUGAGACAGACCAUGAAACAGACCAUGAAACAGACCAUGAGAUAG